AUGGCAGCGAGUAGCGCUCGGUUGGAUGGAUCUUCUUCAUCACCGCUGGAGUCCUCGGUCUGUGUACCAGGCAAGGCCGAGGUUGUCCAUACUGUGUUCACAGAUGCGGCGCCAAAACCAUAUGUCACUAUACUUGAAGAACCAAAUGACCGGUCUCUGCUGCAGUGUGAGGUUCACGGUGAUCCAGAACCUGAAGUAGAGUGGAGGGACAGUGCUGGAAACACACUUCCUGCUGAGAAGACCCAGGACGAACGAAUAGGAAACCUUUUCUACAUCACUCUCAGAACUACUGUGACCCAGACCGGCCUCUAUCGCUGUGUGGCAACACAGAAGACAAUCAGCCAUCAGGUUUCUAAUGAGAUCUCUGUGUAUUUCAGUGAGCCAAAAGUCAUCAAAGUGGAAGAAGGCUGUGAUGUUACUUUACCCUGCCGCCUCUGGCCUGUGGUGGACCUUACGUUAAAAGGGUUUACCUGGAAGAAACGUCCCGAGGCAGGAGGAAGGCAGAAGGACGUGUUCCUGUAUGAUAAAGGUGUUCUUAACAAUGGUCAGAGUGAAGAGGUCAAAGGUCAAGACGAACAGUUCCGAGGUCGAGUCGAAUAUUUCCCAGAAGAACUGAAACAAGGCAACGCCUCCAUAAUCAUCAAAAAUACAUUGAAGGCUGACAGUGGAGACUACUUCUGUUAUCAUCUAGAUCCUCAGAAACCUCAAAUGUUUGAAAUUCAUCUUGUUGUAGUUGCUUCACUUCGGAGACAUCGUUCAGCUCCAGAUGAAUGUCCACUAAUGAUGACAUGAGGCCUUGAUAACGUCUGUGUUAAUGGAAACAUUGAUUUAGUUUCCAGUUCUUUUCUGCUGGGUUCUAUCCCAGUUAGGCUGGUUGAUGUGGUCUUCAGUUCUAGUUGAUGGGGGACCCGUUGGUAAGACUGGUCCAGUAUUCCUGAUCCAGAGGUGUGUAGAGCAGAGAGGACCAGCUCAACAUGAUGAUGCUCUUAGAAGUCUUUAUUUUAUAUUCACACCAAAUCACAAAGUUAGCUGUGAUGGUGUGAAGUGUGACAUAUAUUGUG